GCGUGGUACCAGGCAUCCCUGGAAGUGGUGUCUUUCAAGGCCAAUCAACCCGGCCAAGUGCCUGGCCAGUGGCCCUCCCCGACGUCUCCGCCAGUCAUUUCCUCCAUCGUGACCCUUUUGCAAACCUACCCCAAGGGACCCAACCAGCCUGAUUCUGCGAUCUCUACCUCUACCUCUACCUCUCUACCUCUCGAGUCUCGACGACCUCAACCGACUGCAACAAAAGGGCUCGGCACCGCACCGCACCGGCGACCUGUCCUUCCCUUCCCCUUCCCCUUCCCCUUCCCUCCCACUUCUCUCUCCCUUUGUUGACGUCUUCGCAACUAUGCAACGGCGCAACGUCGCACUUGUUUAACGCGACCAUGGAGCCCGAGGAGGACGAACUCGAGACCCUAAUCAGCGCAAUUCCGACAUGCUGCUCAACGACACCCAGCCUGCGCUGCUGCUGUGGUCGCACCGACUGCUCUUAUCUUAAACACAAUACAGUUGCCCUAGACGAUCUCGAGAAAGAAGUUCGGACGGCGGCUUCUUUGGGUCAAGUAUGCAUUCCUUGUCCCCCCAUUCUUUUCCGCCGGGAGAUUAUGCGCAACAUGGAAUAUCCCAGGUCAUAUUGCGAAAAAGUACAUGACUGUGGAUAGUUCUGCAAGAUUAUUAACUCACUAGACUGGGCCGUUCACAGCGCGUCGAGAUGAGCAAAUCGCUGACAUUCGCUUUGCAGGCUUUGCUUGUAAGACAUGAACAAUACAUGCAGGAUGCGGAACGCGAUCGACUGGAUAUGAGUACCAAGAUUGAGAGACUUGAGGCCGACAAGAGAGCACUGGAACAGGAGAAUGCGAAGUCGGUCGAGGAAAAUCGGGAGUUGCUGGAUCAGUUGGAGGGGUUGAAUGGGACUGCUGCCGAGUCCGAAACACGCAUCAAGUCACUCGAAGCCACGCUGUUCUCGACACGCCAGGAGUUAAGACGGCUGGAGUUACUGGCAUCUCGAACUCAUGAUUUAGAGAUGCAACUGGCAGCACUGGAGCAGGAGCAAGACGUAUUGCAGCGGACGAUAAUCACGAGUCAGGAGGAAGAAAGGUCGGCGAUUCAACGAUGGAGAUCUGCGGAACGCAGGCUUCUCACUCUUCAGGACCAGCUGGAUAAGAUCGAGCGCGAAGCCACAGAGGAGAGAGAGAAACAUGUUGAAGUUAUGGGAAGGAUGGAACGGCAGCGAGCCGUCGAAGCAUCACUCCAAACAGCUGCUGGACGACUUCAAAGCGCAGCGGCAGCCACAACUGGCAACGGCAAGAAUGGGAGCAAUGUUGUCUCGCAUUUUGUCAAGGACAUCCUGCAGGACAAUGCCAAUCUGCAAAUGGGCAUUGUGGAGCUAAGAGAGAUGCUGAUGAACUCGAAUGAUGAGGUACAGCAUUUGAGGGAACAGCUCCUCAUGCACCAGCCUGUGGUGGAGGAUAAAGGAGAUGGAUCUGGCCCACCGACUUUGAGAGCAGAACUCGCGCCCAAAGAGGAGAAGGAACCUGCGGUCAUUUCUCAAGCCCUACAUAUCCAUCACCACUAUCACACACCAAAGAAAGAAGAGGUUCGUCGGCCAAAGAAGAAACGGACUUCACUCAACACGGCACUAUUUACUCCUCCCAAAGGAAUUCAGAGUCCCAGGACACCCAGAACGCAGGACUCUGCCAGUGCAAUUUUGUCACAAACUUCUGUUACAAUACCAGCUCCGAUCACACCAAAUAAUCGAUGGUCAAUGCAGUCUGGGCAGAUGUCCGACUUUGCCCCUUCAUCAGUGCCGAGUUCUCCUCAGUCGUUGUAUCGCCACAGUGGACUUUUCGAUAGGCUCGACAGACUGGACAUCGACUCAUCUCGGCCUACUUCUCCAUCGUCAAGUAUUGAUCCUCUGUCGCCACAGUUCCAGCCUCUUCACCACCGUAAACGAGGUUCGGAAGUGUCAACACGAAGUUUCAUGCCCGCAAGCAACUUUCAGCCUCAUGUAAUACACGAGGAAGACGAUGAUGUUGACGAACUCGCGGCUCUUCAGCCCACACCCUCGCUGGAGAAUGAUGCGACUCCGUCAGACACGUCUCGUGAUACAGAGUAUCUUUCCGCCGAUAAUGAACAGGAACAACACUGGACGGCGUCUCUACAACCACGGCUUCGCCAUUCGGCAUCACAUGAGUCUAUCUUGUCGAUAUCUGGAAUCGACAUUCACACACUCAAAUCAAGACCUUCGCAGAUCACAAUCCGAGAUGGCAACGCUCUCAUCCGUCCACGAACCAGAUUCGGAACUCCAACCACAGUUGUUUCUAUGGAUACUGUUACGAGCUCGUCAAUGGUAACUCCUCGGGCAACCAUGUCUCGUCAGACUCGCGACAGUGCUACAUAUCUCCAAAGCAUGCGGGCGAACAGCAGCGAUUCUCGGUCCAUUUCGUCGAACAAUUCGAACGAGGGCAUCAAGACUAAACUCGGUGGUUGGGUAUUCGGCCGCUGGGGCGUGACUCCUCAAAAGUCCUCAGGCGAUCUGAGAAGUUCCUAUCUGGCUGUGCCGCCUCAGCAACGAGCUGUGAGCACAACUGAUGUUGAUCCAUUGAGGGCAUUCAUGGGUCGUUCAUCAGGUAUCAAUCAAAAGGGCCCUAUACCAGGAUUCGUGAAGAAGAUCGAGAAAGCACCCAGUAAGGUCAAGCCAGAGGUUGUGGACCAUGAUGCUUUGAGGGAAAUAUUGAUGGAAAGUGGGCUCUAACCAGCCAUGGUGCUGUACGAUUUUACGGUCACUCAUUACGAGAUCUACUUUGUCUAUACUUGGCGCAUAUCUCCUUGAGUUUUUGUCCAUAUUUGCUGGCGUUUGGAAUGGGCGGCCGGAUACCCUGUCAUUUGACAUACAUACCUAUAGAACAGAUUGUGAUAAUUUAAUUUCUAAAGCAAAAUAAAAUCAUUGUAAUUGUGUCAA